AUGGAAGAAACAACGGUCUACUUCAACACCUCCCGCCUGGAGGAGGGAGGGUUUUCCUCCUCGUCUCCUUCGGCUCUGAUGCUGCCUUCUUCGCUUCCCUCCGUGCAGCAAAUGAAGUUUAACUUCCGCCAGUAUCUGAACCACGGAGGGGCAGAGCUGAAGCGGCGUCUCCUCGCUCACGCGGAGAAGAACGAAAGGUGUCUCCUCCACGUCGACUUGAAUGACUUGAAAGUGUACCAGCACCACGUCUCGGAGGCGGACCUCAAGUGUGUCGAUACACCGUACUGCAAGAAGAAACACCACGCCGCUCCUCCAGAUUUCGCUCGCCAACUCGUCACCGGCCUGCGGCAGAGACCCCUGGUGUAUCUUCCCACUUGCGAGCGCGUGUGUGAAGAAGUGAUUGAAAAAAGCGCCAUUCUGCCUCCUCGACAACUCGCCGCUUCUCUCGCGCUCGGCGGAGCCGCUGGCCGCCACGGGAGGCGAGGCCCAGUCCAAGUCCAAAUCAACCUGAUGGACACGAGCGCCACACACACGCCAAUCAGACAUCUUCUCUCGCGACAGCAAGAACAAUUCGUUGUCACCACAGGCAUCAUCAUCUCCUCCCGUCCCCCCGCGUCGCGACUCCAGACCGUCACCAUCCAGUGUCGCUACUGCAAUCACAAAAUGAUCAUUUCGCUGCCGGAGUGGAGGGAACAGCUGCAACUUCCCCGUUUCUGUCUCUACUCGCAACAACGCGCCGCGGUGGCGUCGACGGCCGGCCCCGCCUCAGUCCUCGGCGGCGACGCCAACGACCUCGCUGACCUCGGAUGCAAAAACAAACCUGACCCGUACUUCAUCGUCACCAAUGAAUGCACGUUUGUCGACGUCCAGUCUCUCAAGCUUCAAGAACUCCCCGAGGACGUCCCCACUGGCGACAUGCCUCGGCACUUGCUCCUCAACUGCACACGCCUUCUCACCGACCAAGCCUUCCCAGGCGACCGGCUGAUCAUCCACGGUGUCCUGACUACGAACGUGACAGCUCCAGGCAUCCGACAAACCAGCGGAAAAGAGACGGACCAACCCCACAGCAGCUACUUGCACGUCUUGGGUCUGCAGAAGAUCUCCUUUUUGUCUCUCUCUCGCACGCGCCUCUCCUCGCAGAUAGAGCAGCGCGACGUGUUCUACAAACUCGCACAGAGUCAGAACAUUCUGGACAAAAUCGCAAAGUCACUAGCGCCCGCGCUUUACGGCAUGGAAGAAGUGAAGCGCGCUUGCGCAUGUCUCCUCUUUGGCGGCACGCAGAAGAUCGUUGCCGACGGCUCCAGACUCCGAGGAGACAUCAAUGUGCUUCUCCUUGGAGACCCCGGCGUGGCGAAGAGCCAAAUCCUUAAGUUCGUCGACAAGAUCGCUCCGAUCUCCGUCUAUACUUCUGGCAAAGGGAGCUCGGCCGCAGGUCUGACGGCUGCGGUUCUCCGUGACCGCACGGGCGUCUUCACUCUCGAGGGAGGCUGCAUGUGCCUUGCAGACGGCGGCGUGGUCUGUGUCGAUGAGUUUGACAAAAUGGACGAACGCGACGUGGUGGCGAUGCACGAAGCCAUGGAGCAACAAACAAUCUCCAUCAGCAAAGCUGGAAUCAACACGGUGUUGAACUCUCGUUGUGCCGUCUUGGCCGCCGCCAAUCCCUCCUUCGGAAGCUUCGAUGACACCCAGGAUUCUUCCGAGCAGCACGAGUUCAAAGCGACAAUUCUUUCUAGGUUCGACCUCAUUUUCCUUCUCCGAGACAAAGAAAACUACGAGACCGACUCGGCACUCUGCACACAUAUCCUCAAUCUGCAUGCACAGAAGAAUGUGCAGCGCGGCGACGACGAGGAAAUCAUUCCUUUUGAACUGCUGAAGAACUACAUCCAGUUUGCCAAGAGUCUCCCUCCGCCGCUCCUCGGAGCCGACGCGCGAGACGCCCUGAAGAAUUUUUACGUUCAGACGAGGCAGGACGUCCGCGACGACAAGAGGUCCAAGACCCGGAAGAUUCCCAUCACCUUGCGACAGCUGGAGUCUCUUGUCCGCAUAGCCGAAAGUUUCGCCAAGAUGGAGCUGAGCCCAUUGGCCUCGUCCAAGCACGUCCAGAUGGCGAUCGAGCUCUUCUCCGUGUCGACGGCGGAGACGGCGCGGCACUCUCUCGUUUUCGAGGGACUCUCAGCUGCGGAGCAGAAACUCAUCAAGCAAGCAGAAGAGGCGGUCUUGGGGCGGCUGCAGAAGGGCCAGCGUGCACAGCGCAAGAACCUUCUGCGCGAUUUGCAGAUGCAAGGCUUCGACAAGAACGUCUUGAACCGAGCCGUCGCGAUUUUGGUCCGACGCGGAGACCUUCAGGAAAGAGGCGAUCGCUCGCUUCGCAGGCCGUGA